AUGGCCUCGGGUGGUUCACAGGGACAGGUACCUCCGCGGAAACGUAAGAAACGGGUGGAUAGGAAGGAGGCAGCGUAUGCCCGCGUAGUCGAGACCCUCGGUGAAGGAGGCCGCGAGUGGGAGCAAUCUGAAGGUGUGAUUUACCAGCUUCUUCAGCAUGGUUUUUCGGAGCGUGAAGUGCGUGCUAUUGUACUGUUGGAGGAAGCCGAGUGGCCAGGAUAA